AAGAAAUCGUGGAAGCCCUGUAACAGACGGUAAGCGGGUUGGGGAGUCGGGUAACUAUAUUUCUAUUUUUCAUGUUUUUACCUUAUCUUCAUAAAAGUGACAGCUAUAAGGUAUGUUUCGACAUCCCAUUUUCAUUUUCUUAAUGCUUAAGUGCGUCACAUUUGUUACAUUUUGCCAGUAGCCUAACAAAUAUCAAGUAGACGGCUAGUGUGGAUGUUGCUACCGCCGCUACGUUGUGGCUACAUCCAUUCGCUAAUAUCCAAAUGUAAAUACUGUCUUAUACCGCCUUUAUUUUACCAUGUAAAUUGAAAGGCUUUUCUCAAUUAUCGUCUGAAAUGACGGGAAAACUCACAGUGAUCUGAUUUAACCUAAAUUAUAUUUGUGUAGAUAUUGAUGCUGCUGGCGCAGUGAGAACAAUUUUUGAUGCAUGUAAAUAUUUGACAUAUGUGUUUCUUGUGUCCUGUUUUUUUUAAUCAAAUGAACAUGCGUUACUUGGUUCGUGUAACUACAGUCGAAGUCUGUGGCCUUGUUAUUAGUGCCGCUAUAAAGUAAUACACCCAGUAUACAAAAGCAUUGCACUGACGUCCCUGGCCUGCAAACAUAUUGAAGAAACAAUAGGUGAACGUUCCCUUCAAACCCCGAAACCAUGAACACUAAACGGAGGCGCACAGCUGUCCGCCAGCUGAGAAAUUGUAUUUUCAUCGCAGAAAAUAAAUACAUUUUUUGUUCGAAUGUUAAUGACGGCCGAUGUGGGCGGCAGCCACACGGUCCUCGUCUUCAGAUGGAUUCAUAUACACAAUACACAGUUUACAUGUGGAUAACAUAAAACAGAAGUUACUUAGCAAAUAACCUUUUUUUUAAUCUUUCAUAGAGGCUACUGGGACGUAUUGUUUAAUUCAUUUAGAUUUUUUGAUUUACGGGAUGGUGUCGGACUUCACGAUGCUUAUAUAUAAUCCAAAUGUUGGUUUUGUGCAUCUUAGAAUAACCACUUAAGCAUUUCAAUACAGUAACAAUUUAAGUGGAAAUUCACCUGCUAUUGGAUACGGCUUUCCCUGUCGAUUAUGUCAAAUUAAUUAAUGACUAAUUAAUGAGAUUUUGUACUAUAAAUGCCAUAAAACAAACAUUAUUUUUUAGAUUACAUGUAAUGGCAACAAACACAAAUAAGAGAUGGGUGGGUGGAUGAAUAACGUCUCCAUGUUGUGAAUGUUCUCGUAAAAUGAUUUGUUCUUAGUGUUUCUAUACCUAGUGCCCAUUCCCUACUGCACAAUAUCAGAAAUGCAAUUUCUAAUUAAGGUUUAAUGCACGUACAAGUGCUGUAAACCACCUCUUGAUACAAUGAAGGAUAGUUUUCAUGUCAGUAUUUUAAUGCUGAUAUGUUAUAUGUGACAGGGUUGUUUCUACAUAGUGGCCAUUUCACCAAACUUAUUUAUGUCCUCCUCUUCUCUGGUGCAGAGACAAGGAGUCUUUUCUCACACCCAAAUCAACUGACUGUAGUGUGAUAGGUAGGUAAUUUUCUUGCCACCCAAGUGCUCAAUGCCUAACACUGCAGAAAGUGAAGGCGGAAACGUAUCCGGUGCUAGCGAUCCGGUGGCCCCAUUGCGGGCAUCGGCCAGAGACGAUGAACGAGGCCUCCUGAGCCCGUUCACCCGCAAUGCUCUGCGUGCCAGGCGGGCCUCCAGCGCAGAGCUGCAGCUACCAUGGACCUGCCCGGUCACUCACUCCCGGGAGAAAUUUUACACCGUUUGUUCAGACUAUGCGCUGCUCAACCAGGCUCGGCCCAUUGCUGCCCCCAGGGAUGCUGCCCAGACCAGCUCCGAUAAUGGGGCAUCGCUGACUCAGUCAGACAGCCCCGCCACAUCCCGGUGUCAGCCUGGAAGAAUCCAUACGCUGUCAGGGGAAGACUGUGAUAUGGAAGAGGUGCUGUCUACCAAUACCAAACCUGUUUUAGCCUGGGAGAUCGACACCACUGACUUUGAUGCAGUUUUAACCCGAAAAACAAGGACAAGUAAUCUAAAGAAAUUUGCCUCAAAGAAAAUUAAAUCAUCUGAGCGACCAAGCAGAAACGUGCUAGACCUUCCACCACAGGCUUCUCUGGAAGAGAUCAAGCAGAGGAAAGUGCUGGAUCUACGCCGAUGGUACUGCAUCAGUCGUCCUCAGUAUAAAACUUCAUGUGGAAUAUCAUCACUUGUCUCAUGCUGGAACUUUCUGUAUAGCACCUUGGGAGCUGGAAGCCUUCCACCCAUCCAGGAGGAGGCCCUGCAUAUUCUUGGUUUCCAGCCCCCAUUUGAAGAUAUAAAAUUUGGACCAUUUACUGGCAAUGCCACGCUGAUGCGAUGGUUCAGACAGAUCAAUGAUCAUUUUCGUGUUCGAGGGUGCUCUUAUAUUCUCUAUAAACCACAUGGGAAGCACAAGACAGCAGGAGAGACAGCUGAGGGAGCUUUGCUGAAGCUCACCCAGGGACUGAGAGAUGAAUCUAUGGCCUAUAUUUACCACUGUCAAAACCAUUACUUCUGUCCUGUGGGUUUUGAGGCAACACCAUUAAAAGCAGCCAAAGCUUACAGGGCACCUCUUCCUCUGAAUGAAAUGGAGCAUUGGAUUCUUAUUGGGGAACCAAGCAGGAAACAUCCAGCCAUUCACUGUAAAAAGUGGGCAGACAUUGUAACAGAUCUGAACACACAGAACCCAGAAUACCUGGAUAUUCGCCAUACAGAACGAGGCAUUCAGUUUCGGAAGACUAAGAAGGUGGGAGGCAACCUACAUUGUCUUAUGGCCUUCCAAAGAGUGAACUGGCAGAAGCUAGGACCCUGGGCACUGAACCUGGAGAAUCUGAGGAAUGACCUGCACCAGCAGGGGGCAGAGCACAGAAGCCAUGAUUCAUCAGGGGAAGGUUUAGAUGACAGAGCAUCCAAACACCUAGGACGCCAAGGCCGGUCCCACAGCACAGGAAACCAGAAGUCUGAGCAGGCCUAACGUCUCUCCAAUACUGCGGAAUACCGACACAAGUCCUCUCCUGACAGUGACCUAGAUGAGGACAUUACUGACUGAAAUAGAAGAGCCCAGUCCUUCUACUGGACACUCAAGUGGAGCUGGCAUGGAAGUGCUGGUUUGCAGUCCAGGAAAAGGGUAUGAACUCUUAAAUGCAGAAGUAUCUUCAGAAAUCAGACUGGUAAAAAUGGAUAGAGCAGUUGUUCAGUUAUCUAUAAAGCAUAAGGUGAUAACUUUAUUUGUGUGAAACAUUUCAAUUAUUGUCUUUACAACCAUAUGCUUCUAUGUGGACUUGUUCAUAAGAAGAUCUGGAGCACAAAAUGGACUAACAGUAGGUAAAUUACAUUAAGUGCAUAGUGUAUGUUUAAAGCGCGUUAAUAUUUAAUAGUGAAAAUUUGGAAGCAGAAUGGAAAACAAUCAAAUGGAAGGACUGUAUUCUGAAAGCAGAGGAAAUGUCACUCUUUAUUUAAGGUAGCUGAUGCAAAUUUGGGUAACUGAAAAACAGAUGGCUUAAUUUUGUUGUGUAUGGUGAAGUUCUUUGUGAAAAGAUAGCAUGGCGGCUGUCAUGUUAUAUGCACAGUUAUCUCCAUUUUAAAUCCACCACCACAUCUAAAACAUGCAUUAUGAAAAGUGUGUGGCAUCUUAAAUCCCAUAUACAUGUGAAAACAGUAUGAAUUGAAAAUGGUUGGUAAUAGUUUUCUUUAUAAAUAAACAUUUGUAUGAUUUUCUUCUU